ACGACGUCGGCAGCGCUUAAUGAUAACACGAUAAAUGUUCGAAUAAAAAGUGUCUGGGUCCACGAAUGCCCAUUAGACAGCGCGUGGCCUUUCGAACGGUAACGCUGAGGUCUAAAGUGCCAUAUCUUUAACUAAUUAAUAUUAGACGUAUCAUCAAAACAGACGGGUCAAGGUCCUCUCUCUUUAGAUUAUCACAAGUCUAACUAAUUAAUGCUCACUCGGUAAAGUGAAUCUGUGAACGUAAUUUAAACAAUAACAUUUAUUUAGUUUGCCAAAAUGAAGCGAUGCAAUAAAAAUCUGAUAUCUCUAAUGUUUUUGCUCUUUGUAACAAUUGUGAUGAGUUCUAAUGUAGUUCCGAGCUAUACAACUUCUUAUCAUUAUGAAAAUGCUGCGAUUGCAAAAGAUACGGAAUCGAACGAAAUUGAAAUGAAUUCAUCUAUUUUCAUAAGCCGUCUUUUCAAAACUGCUCCAUCUGUACUAAGGUUUACUGAGAAGCAUUACAAUGAAUUCGAUAUAAGAAGUCUGUCAAGAGCUAAAUUUCCAGUAGCAAGAAGUCUGGACCAUCGUCACCUAAAUAGCCAUCACAUACAUUCUCCAGAGAGAGUACAAGACUGUGCAAAAAUGAUCCAAGAAAUUGCAGUAUAUCCAAAAGUGUCCGUCAAUGAAAAGAAUCCAGCUAAACUGUUAAUUAGUCUUCCUGAAUAUAAUUUUGCCCUACUCGCGAAACAAUGUAGAGGGCCAAGAGCUUGUAUAGACGCUAUUACCCCGGAACAUAAAGUUUUUAAAUGUGAAAAUGCUUAUAUACUUCAAAUCAGAGAUACAUUUGAUCCACAAAAACAAACGAUUGAAAAACAAAAGGUGUAUAUACCUAAUGGCUGUAAAUGUGGAUUGCAUGACUUAUAAGCUGGUCUUAUAAUAUUAAGCUGAAUUUUCAAAUUCAUACAACAAAGGAAUGGUGCAUUGAAUUAAAAUAAGGUUUGAAAAAUGAUUAAAAAUUAGAAAAAAUGUCAGAAUUUUCAAAAUAUAGAAAUUAAUGUUUCUAUCAUCUUGAUUAAUAUAUAAAUAAUGGUUUCCAAUGAUUAGAUGAUUUGAAUUAUGCAUUAUGCAUAAAAAUAUUUUAAUCUGCUGGUUGCAUUACAAAAAAUUGUAUUUCAGCAAUACCUGCUUAUGCAAGAUCGAUGUAAUAUCUGGUUCAUAAAAUGAAAGUGUUAUUGAUUUGUCAUUUGUGCCAUUUAUGUAG